AUGAAGAAACAGCGAACCAGACAAGUUAAUCCCCCAACAACGAAGAGAGAGACGCACCAGAGGGGCCAUGGAGGACUAAAUUACAUGCAAACACCGCACCCAGAUGGAAUGCUCAACCCUCACACCACUAAAGGAGAAUUACCCCCGCAUGAUGCAAUUAAGGCACACACGCCAACAGAAGAAAACAUGGUGAACUCACACGCAUCCAUGCACUCUACAGUUAAACCCAACGUAAUGGACAUACAAUUAUUUAACAGGCAACUUAGCCGGGACUUCACAACUCGAGCUAUGACCUUAAAUGGCAAACCUGAUAUCAAGAACACCCUGUUGGACUCUCAACUUCAGGUCGUAUGA